GGCUUCUUCUAUGGUUGUACUUGUAAUAGACAAAAACAACGUGCGGGAAAUCGAAUCGUAAAGUUCAGUGGCGCGACUCCAUUGGACUGUCACUCUCUGUGUCAAUCCCCACCUUCUUCUUUCUUCUCCUCCUCUGCAGUCUGCUCUGCUCUGCUCUGCUCUGCUCGUAGAUAUCAAGAAACCGAAACUGCCGAUAAAUCGGGGAAGAAGAAACAGACGGGCACACAGACAGAGAGGCAGACAGGGAUCUGGUCGUCUUCAUCUGGCUGUACUUGGGUGAUCGACUCCGUUGGGAGGGCCAGCAUGAGCUUCAAGAUAAUGGGAUACGAGACCAUACCCGUGGAGGCUUUGUCCGAGGCUAACAACGGCAUUCUCGGCGAGGUUGUCAAGUCUUGUGUGGUCCCCGCUGGAUUCGCUCCCUGUGACAGUAUUUUCGGUGGUCUUGCUGAUGGGAACUACAGUUAUUCCGAGCCAGGCUUCCUAAGGGAUGCGCUUGUUGAGUGGCCUGUGGCUCAGCAGGUCCGCACAUUCUACCUUGUGAAAUGGAGGUUGUGUGAUGACCCAAAGGUACGAGAGAAGAUCGAGAAAGCUGAUCAAGAGAUCUACCGGAGGAAUCGAGAUCAGUUCCGUAUCACCGAGGCGUUGAGGGAGAAAAGAUCGGAGAAGGCAUGCGUUCUAUCUCAGUUGAAAACCUUGGACGAUGAGGACAAGCAGCUCGGGAGGGUCCUUGAGAAAAAGGAGCCAAUUGAUGCUCGAGAAUCUGGUUUAUGCUCAUCUGAGGAAGAACUUGAUGAUCUCAUCUCAAGCCUUCACUACCGCAUAAGCAAUUGCUCCAAGGCAGAGGAAAGAAGACUUACCUGUGAAAUCAAGCGGCUCGAGAUGACCAGGGGGAGAGUUAGAUCCAACGCUGCCAUGAGGGCAUGGAUUCUAGAAAUGAGUCCCGAAUGUGCCACUCAAGGCGAGGUUAUCGGUGAAGCCUUAGAGGAAGUCAGGAAGAAGCAGGAGGCUGUGAGAGAGAAGAUUGAGCAUCACAAGAUAGAACUGCAGAUGGUGGAGGGUGAGAUCAAGGCUCUCGAGGAUGAGCUGGCAGACGUGAUUGUGAAGAGGGACAAGGCAUAUACAAGAAUUCAGGAGUUCCGUAAACAGCGUGAUGACCGUAAUGCGUACUAUUACCGCCAUCGAGCAGUGUUGAAGGAUGCAAGGGUGCUUGUUGCGAUCAACAAUGUUACAACCCUUGAGGAACUUUUGCAUACUGAGGUUGAGAAUUUCUUCUCCCUUUGGAAUUCUGAGAGGAGCUUCCGGGAAAAUUACCAGAGGAGGAUCCAGUCAUCGCUGGACCUCCGGCAUUUGGCCCAUGAUGGGAGAAGGAGAGGGUCAGGGUACAGGCCUUCAGUUGCCAAAGAGAGCCUGGCAAACUUGGGAACUGAUGAAAGCAGAGCAGUGGAAGAUGAAGAUGGAGUUGUCAUAACUAACAACCUAUCGAGUCCAGAGAUUAUCUCGGAGAGUGGUGAUGGUUUGGCAGAUGGGAAGAAAAGCAGCUUCAAGUCUGCGACGAGUCCAGAGAUUAUAUCGGAGAAUGGUGAUGACUUGGCGAGUCUGAAGAACAGUAGCUUUGGGGUUGUGACAAGUCCAGAGAUUACAUCAGAUAGUGGUUAUGACUUUGCGAGUGGGAAGAGCAGUAGCUUUGGAUCUGUGCCUAGCUCUGAGCCUGUGCCUAGCUUCGGGUCCAUGACUAGUCCAGAGACUAUAUCUGUGCCUAGCUUCGGGUCUGUGACAAGUCCGGAGACUAUAUCGGAGAAUGGUUAUGACUUGGCAAGUAGAAAGAACAGUAGGUACGAGUCUGCGCCUAGCUUUGGGUCUGUGCAGAGUGCAGAGAUUAUUAUAUCGGAGGACGGUGAUGACUUGGCCGGCGGAAAGAACAGUAGCUUCGGGACUGUGCCAAGCAUUGUGCCAGGAGACUGUGAGGGGGUUGAUGAUGCGGAGCAGAAACUGAAAGAGAUGAGAAGAGAGGAGGAGAUUACCAAAGCCAAGAAGGCCAUGGAGAGAAAGAAGAAGUUGGCCGAGAAGAAUGCUGCCAAAGCCGCUAUCAUAGCCCAUAAGGAGGCUGAGAAGAAGCUCAAGGAGCAGGAGAAGAAGGCGAGGAAGAAAGCUGCAGCUGUGACGACCUCGUCGGAGCAGACCCAGGAAGAGAAGGCCGUGGAAAAUGCGGGAGCAUUCGCCCGAGUGAAGCAGGGAAUAUAUAACAGGAGGGACAAGUUCUGGAGGAGGCACUGCCCGAAGGGGACGGACCCGGUGCUGAAAGCGAUCCUGAAGCGGAGGAGGUCGGCGAACUAUUGGUUCUGGGCUGUCUCUAUUGCCCUCUUCUUGGCAGUUUUCACAGUGUUUGGCUACUGCGUCCUCCAGCAGCUGUGAGACUGCCCACCCGGGAGAGAAUAUGGAGGUUAAAUCAAAAUUCACCUCCUCAAAUAAAUAAUUGGCAAAUUAGAGUUGGGAAAUAUAUAUAUAUAUAUUUAUCGUUUUUCCAUAACUUAAAACUUGAGAUUUUGUAAUAUAUAUACCUAUGUAGCGUCCUUUUUAUUUUAUUUAAAAAAGCACUUAUAGAUUAUAAUUA